AUGCCACUGGGGGGGUUUGCGGGUCUAAAGGAGAAGCUCAGACCAGGAAAGGAGGAGUUGAAGAACAAUGUGGGUGACUCUCUGGGGAACCUACAAAAGAAGAUCGAUGGAACUAAUGUCGCUGAAGAGGACAACAUUGAGCUGACGGAGGAUGGUCAACCAGUGGCAGCCCCUAAACGCAGCCCACCUUUGUUGGAUUGUGGCUGUUUUGGUCUUCCCAAACGUUACAUCAUUGCCAUCCUCAGUGGCCUUGGUUUCUGCAUCUCAUUUGGCAUCCGCUGCAACCUGGGUGUUGCCAUUGUAGAAAUGGUCAACAACAACACUGUCUACAUCAAUGGGACUCCCGUCAUGCAGCCAGCACAGUUCAAUUGGGAUCCAGAGACAGUGGGUUUGAUACAUGGCUCUUUUUUCUGGGGCUACAUUGUCACUCAAAUCCCUGGAGGAUUCAUCUCCAAUAAGCUAGCAGCUAACAGGGUGUUUGGGGCAGCGAUUUUUUUGACAUCAGUGCUAAACAUGUUUAUUCCAUCAGCUGCCAGGGACCACUAUGGCUGCGUCAUGUUUGUGCGAAUCUUACAAGGACUGGUGGAGGGUGUCACUUAUCCAGCUUGCCAUGGGAUGUGGAGCAAAUGGGCUCCUCCACUGGAGAGGAGCCGUCUGGCUACUACCUCUUUCUGUGGAUCUUAUGCAGGGGCUGUGAUAGCCAUGCCACUGGCUGGAGUAUUAGUGCAGUACGUGGGCUGGCCCUCUGUGUUCUACAUAUAUGGUGUGUUUGGCAUUAUAUGGUAUACAUUCUGGCUCCUGUUAGCUUAUGAUAGCCCAGCGAUACACCCCACCAUCAGUGAUGAAGAGAGGACAUAUAUAGAGACCUCUAUAGGGGAGGGAGCCAGUUUAACGAGCGCUACUGAGAAAUUCAAAACUCCCUGGCGUGAAUUCUUUACAUCUAUGCCUGUUUAUGCCAUUAUUGUGGCAAACUUCUGCCGCAGCUGGACCUUUUACCUCCUGCUCAUUAGUCAGCCAGCUUACUUUGAAGAGGUCUUUGGGUUCCCCAUCAGUAAGGUGGGCAUUUUGUCAGCUGUGCCCCACAUGGUGAUGACUAUCAUAGUACCGAUUGGAGGCCAGCUGGCUGACUUCCUGAGGAGUCGGAAAAUCCUCUCUACUACAACAGUGCGCAAAAUCAUGAACUGUGGAGGUUUUGGCAUGGAGGCCACGUUACUGCUGGUGGUGGGGUUCUCACACACACGUGCAGUGGCUAUCACAUUUCUCAUCCUGGCUGUGGGCUUCAGUGGAUUUGCGAUAUCAGGUUUUAACGUAAACCAUCUGGACAUAGCUCCUCGCUACGCCAGUAUUCUUAUGGGCAUCUCCAAUGGAGUGGGUACCCUGUCUGGUAUGGUAUGCCCUCUCAUCGUUGGAGCACUCACCAAACAUAAGACUCGCCUGGAAUGGCAGCAUGUUUUUAUCAUUGCCUCCAUGGUGCAUUACACUGGCGUGAUCUUCUAUGCCAUCUUUGCCUCUGGUGAGAAGCAGGAUUGGGCUGAUCCUGAGAGCACUAGUGAUGAGAAAUGCGGCAUCAUUGGGGAAGAUGAACUGGCUGAUGAGAUGGAGCCCAGCAGUGACAGUGCCCUGGCAACUAAGAAGAAGACCUAUGGAACCACAGACAACUCCUCAGGCCACAAGCAAGGCUGGAAGAAGAAGAGAGGGGCGACCAUGCAAGACGAUGAAGAUCACGGAUCAAAUCAUUAUGAAAAUGGGGAAUAUCAAAACCAGUAUCAAUGACAUUCUGGACAUCAAAAGCCUGCCCCCUUAUCCAAAGAGUGGUGAGGUGUUGGAGUAUCUAUUCAGAACACUGCAAAGAAAACCACACCCUGGGACAACAACAUUCCAUUUGACAUUCAACAUAGUUGAAGAGUAUAUUUUAGUUCCUUAAUAAUUUCCCCCUGCUGCAGAACCUGAUGAAGGUACAGUAACAUGAGAACUACAGUAUCAAUGAUCUCUGCAUAGUUAUUUUGAUGGAGAUCCUUAACCUUAGAUCUGGAAUGUACAUGCAGUUGCUCCAAAAAUAAUUUGGACCCUUGAGGCACGCUUAAAAUGUAUGAAUUUCAUUCAUUAGAUAAAAAUCAAACCAAGUGGAUUUGCAAAGAAAUGAUGCUCGACCUUUUCUCAGAACUAACUUUUCUAAGGCAUUUUUGAAAUAUUUAGAGGAACUGACUUCAAAGAUCCACUAAAGUUUAUGCAGGAGUCCUAGCAUAGUAACCAUGGAUUUAGUUCAUCAUAUUAACAAUGGACAUGUUCCACUACGUUUGACAACCAAAUUGUGUCCAAAUAAAGUUUUAUUUUUUGAAACGAAACUUCUUUUUUUUUAAAUUCUUUGCUUGAAAAAUGUACUUGUGCUAUUUUUCUUUAAAGUAAAUGCUACUUGUUUUUUUUUUUGUUUUUUUUUGUUUUUUUUUCAUCUAAUACAUUGACAUUCUUACAUUUUUUAAGUAUCCAAAUACUUUUUGGGGACACUUUAAUUCAGCCUAGUAACUUAACUAGAAUAAAUAAACGGAUACGAAAGAACAAAUGUGCUUUAAAGUUAAACAGAAGACCAAAAACAUGUCCGAAUAAAUUCAUCUCCAUUUAUAUCCCAAUUUUGCUCCAAAAUCUUUUUGUAUUUACAGUACUUCUGGCUGACAGCAGAAUAUGCAUCAUUUAUUUUGUAUUUUAUUUUCCUUUGCUGUCAGCUAUGCAAAGUAAGCAGAUGUAUAGUGCUUAAACAGGUUAGGGAGUCACAAUAUUUUUAUUUGAAAAACCCUCUCUCCGUGCCUCCAUGGCUUUUCUUGCAUGCAGUUGUGCAACCUCCACAGACCUCUUUGGUGACUUUGAUUAACAAGUCUCAGAAAAUAUAAUUUACUCUAUUAUCAUGGUACAAGUUAAUGAUGGUGUGGUCUGAAAAAGGAAUGUAUAUUUUAUUUAGUAUAAUGCCUUUUAAAAUGCAUUUGUCCAUUUAAUAUCUCACAGUUCAGUAAGUUUAUCAUGUGCUUGGAUUGGUGUUAAUGUUUGGUUGAAUUCAUAAUAAUUAAAUGUCAAAUUCCUUUUUGAAAUGAAUUUAGAUAACAUCUUACAAAAACAACCCAAAAUGUGCCUAAUUUGUUUUCUUUUUUUCUUUGCACAAUACCAGAGAAAAGACAUGUCAUUGCUUACAUGGAUGUCAAGAUGAUUGUUUGAA